AUGCUUGUCACACUGUUCAUUCUGCUCGUGCUCGUCACCGUCGCUCUCCUUCCACGCAGUACGAGGAUAUUGUCGCCUCCGGCGGGAACCAGAUUGCCUGGGCCACCAGGGCUCCCAUUCAUCGGCAAUGUCCUCGACAUCACCUCGAAAUGUGUCUGGACGAAGUUCCAUGAGUGGGCAGAGAAGUACGGGCCAAUAUACCAAGUCAAUCUGGGAGGGACGAACCACGUUUGGUUGACUCGCGAUCAUGUUGCUCAAGAGCUGUUGUCGAAACGCAGCGCAAUCUACUCUGGACGACCUCUCAUACCAGCUUUGGAGCAGGACAAUCGGACCAGCGACAAGUACGUUCCGUUGAUGUCUCCGAACUCUACCUGGUCCCGUCAACGCAAGUUCGGCAAGCAGAUCUUGGAUCAGUCGCAAAAGGCUGACUUCUUCGGAUACCCUGAGCUGGAGACUGUUGGUCUUCUACAUGAGCUGAUGACUGAGCCCACAAAGUACGACGAAUAG